GUCUCUAUCCUUGGUGGGUGCCUCUAUACCAUAAGGGACUCCAGACCAAGCUGUGAGUGGCUGCCGUUCUCUCUGCAAAGCCACUGCUAUUAAUAUAUCAGGCAACGCAUCUAAUCUCUAGGUUAAAGCUAUCCUCUUAGGCAUGCUGGUUGAUCCAGUUCUCAGUUGCUGCUCCGUGACUCCCUUUUUCUGCCCCCGUCCUUUGCCGUGUGACAACAUCGGAUCCCUUUGGCUGCCCUCGGUGGGCCACAAAUUUGCACCCCUAGGAGAAAGGAAGGCGUCUGAAACUCCUUUCUGGAGACCACCCCCCCCCCCGAAUGUUUCCUGGCUAGGAUGAGACCUCAAGGCCCAUAAACUGAAUCAACCCCUCUCCCCAAAGCAGGUUUUUCCAAAAACCCCCCCCCAUUCCCACUUCUCUGGGAUUUAGUCGAGAUGAACCAAUCGCCUGCAUAUUCAGGGGCAAGGAUUUCCGGCUUUAGAGCUUUGGGAACUGACAGCGGCGGUGGCAACAACAGUGUCGACACCUUGGACCGGCUGCUGCCCACAAUUAUCGGAACCAAGUCCCCCCGGAAGCGAACCACCAGCCAGUCUAAAUCGGAGCCCCCCCUUCUGCGUACCAGUAAAAGGACCAUCUACACUGCGGGCCGACCGCCCUGGUACAACGAACAUGGCACCCAGUCAAAAGAAGCCUUUGUUAUCGGUCUGGGUGGGGGCAGCGCUUCCGGGAAAACCACGGUGGCCAGGAUGAUCAUCGAGGCAUUGGACGUGCCGUGGGUGGUGUUACUCUCCAUGGACUCCUUUUAUAAGGUUCUGACGAAAGAGCAGCAAGAACUGGCGGCCAGCAACGAUUUCAACUUUGACCAUCCGGAUGCUUUCGAUUUUGACCUGAUGAUUGCCACUGUCAAAAAACUCAAGCAAGGGAAAAGUGUGAAGAUCCCCGUUUAUGACUUCACCAGCCACAGCCGCAAGAAGGAAUGGAAAAUGCUUUACGGAGCCAACGUGAUUAUAUUUGAAGGUAUUAUGGCGUUUGCCGAUAAGGAGCUCCUGAAGCUUCUGGAUAUGAAAAUAUUUGUGGACACUGACUCGGACAUCCGUCUGGUUCGGCGUUUACGAAGGGACAUCAGUGAACGAGGCCGAGAGAUUGAAGGGGUCAUCAAGCAGUAUAACAAGUUUGUCAAGCCAGCCUUUGACCAAUACAUCCAGCCCACCAUGCGAGUAGCCGAUAUUGUGGUCCCACGAGGUAGUGGAAAUACCGUCGCUAUUGACUUGAUCGUCCAGCAUGUGCACAGCCAGCUGGAAGAGCGUGAACUCAGCGUCAGGGCAGCGCUGGCUUCUGCUCACCAGUGCCACCCUCUCCCCAAGACCCUCAGUGUCCUGAAGAACACACCCCAGGUCAGGGGGAUGCACACCAUCAUCCGGAACAAGGAGACAAGCCGGGAUGAGUUCAUUUUCUACUCCAAACGGCUAAUGCGUCUUCUGAUUGAGCACGCGCUAUCUUUUCUGCCCUUCCAGAGCUGCACAGUUCAAACACCACAAGACCAGGACUACGAAGGUUGUACAUAUAGCGGGAAGCAAAUCACGGGCGUGUCCAUUUUGAGGGCUGGAGAGACCAUGGAGCCAGCCCUGAGAGCCGUUUGCAAGGAUGUCCGGAUCGGCACCAUCCUGAUUCAGACAAACCGAUACACGGGAGAGCCUGAGCUACACUACCUGAGACUCCCAAAGGACAUCAGUGAAGAUCACGUGAUUUUGAUGGACUGCACCGUCUCCACGGGGGCAGCAGCCAUGAUGGCCGUGAGAGUGCUGCUGGAUCACGACGUUCCAGAGGAUAAGAUUUUUCUUCUCUCCUUGUUGAUGGCAGAGAUGGGCGUCCACUCCGUCGCCUAUGCCUUUCCACAAGUCAGGAUCAUCACAACUGCUGUGGACAAGAAAGUGAAUGACCUUUUUCGCAUCAUCCCUGGUAUUGGAAAUUUUGGGGACCGUUACUUUGGCACGGACGCCCCGCCAAAUUGGAGUGACGAGGAAGACAUCCUGGACUCUUGACCAUUGUAAAGAAACCGCUCUGAAGCAAUGGCGAAUUCUGCAUCCACUCCUUAAUCCAUCCCUUGUGCACUCCGCCGUAAAUCUCCAAACGCUUAGAAAAAGAGAAUAUUUCGCAAAGCAGCUAUUAUAUUUUCUUCUGCUUCGUUUUGCACCAGAAGCUGAAGGAGUAUUUUUUUAAGAAGGAGGGUGGGGCUGGCAGGGGAAGAGUGUGGCUCCUGGCUGUUUUUUUUUUUUUUUAAGUAUGCACGAAUGUCUUUGAGUCCAGAAGCAGUUUAUUUUAAUUUUUAAAAAAAUUAAUAUAACUUAUUUUAUUAAAAAAAAAAAAACACUUCCUUGGCAAAGCUGUGAGGAUUUCA